AUGAGCACCUUUUGGGUAGCAUGUGCAGUCAUAGUAUCUUUAUAUGUGGCCUUUUGGCACUACUUCAAGGCAACCACUUGGUGUAGAAGCCAAACAUGUCUAAUCGGUAAAACCGCCAUAGUCACAGGAGCCAACUCAGGAAUCGGUUAUGAAACGGCUUUAGACUUUGCCAAAAGAGGAGCAAGGGUGAUUUUAGCCUGCCGCGACAAAAACAGAGCCGAAGUUGCCAAAAUGAAAAUCGUUAAAGAAACAGAUAACGAGAACGUCGUCGUGAAAAUUGUCAAUCUAGCGUCGUUUGAUUCCGUCAGAGAUUUUGCUAAAAAUAUCAACGAAACGGAAGAACGACUGGAUAUUUUAGUCAACAAUGCCGGGCUUGGUGGUGUUAAAGAUGAUAAAAGUGACGACGGUCUUCUUUUAGUGAUGCACGUUAAUUACCUUUCAGCUUUUCUGUUAACGUAUUUGUUAAUAGAUUUGUUGAAAAAGACUGGUCCAAGUAGGGUAAUAAACGUAUCUUCGAUAGCUGCACGAUUCACAAAUUUCGACGUAGAUCUAAUUAAUAAUUACACGGGUGCCUAUACCAUUUACGCCAACUCUAAAUUGUGCAAUCUUCUAUUUACAAUGGAGCUAGCGAAAAGGCUGAAAGAAACUGAAAUUACCACGUACUGUGUUAAUCCAGGGGUUGUGCAAACUGAAAUUUUCAGACACGUGAAGGGUUACAGUAAGGUUUUUAUUAAUAUCUUUAAAGAAGAUUUCUUCAAAACGUGCGAAGAAGGAGCGCAGACGACUAUAUACACAGCUGUAACAAAAAACAUUGAAGAAUACAAUGGGUGCCUUUUUGACAAUUGCAAAGUGGUUGACACUUAUCCCACGGCUGAUGUCAAAGGGCUUCCGAAGAAGCUUUGGGAGAAAAGUGUCAAGUUUGUAGAGUUGAAACCAGAAGAAAUAAUGUAUUAA